AUGACUACCUUCUCAGUCACCUCCCAGGUUCCCUUUCUCCUCCUGUUGCCCCUCUUGCAGAUAGUCCCCGUCUUUGCUUCCACGGAAGUACAUGUCGAACGUUCAGCCAACUCGGAUGAACACCGUCCUGUAGACAAAUCCCUGCUUGCCGUUCAGGUCGGGAGUAUUGCUGGCUCCUACGUGAUCUUCACCGCGGUUCUUCUAGCGCUUCUACUGUUCGUCGGGAGAAGACUACGACGAACAGUACACUCGUCAAACUAUUCUCUGCAGAUGCAAAUGCUGAAGCCGCUUACAGGGUCUAUGAUUAUGGACCCAAGCCCCAUUUCGCCCACAGCUCAAACCCUACCCAGCCCCUCUCAAUCCAAUAAAUUUCAGUCUUGGGGCAGCCUCCCAAGAGCAGGUCGUCCCUCGCAAACAUCCUUCAACGACAGCAUGGUGACCGUCGACGAAGGCGUCCUGGCCAAUGACCGCCAGCGAGCCCAGGAUGAAAUGGAAAUGCUUUACGCCGCGGUUAUGGAGCAGGAUGCGCAAAAGGCCGCUGGUCUGAACAUUUCAUCUGUGAGAGACUCCGAGUCGCAGUCUCCGGACAGUCAGUAUACUAGUCCUUUCUCGGAGCGCACAGCUUCACAAAUCUCUGUCGCUCCCCCGCCCGUGCCACCAAAAUCACCAAGGCCCUCUGCUGGAUCUCGACUGUCCAAACUUUUCAGCUCCAGGUCAAGCACUCAUUCGGACGGUGGGAAGUUGAAGUCACCGAAACAGCCCGUCCGCAAAUUGGGAAUUUCCUCUCCCAUGGCUUCUCCAGAUAUGAAUGCCUCGCAUUCAUACGGCGAGAACCAGGCCCCUAUGUCCCCGCGAUUUUACACCCCUGGGCCCCCCACCAUCAGCUCCUACCCGAGCAGCCUCAACGCGGCCGCCCAGCCUCUGAACAAGCUGCCCUUCCGUGAUGCCUAUCCGCUGCAAAGUGCCCCAGCCACCAAGACCACCAUCCUAGAGCGUCCGCAAAACCGCAAUGGGCCGAUCACAGGCAUGCCCACCCCUUACAGCCCGUACAUGCCUUUCACCCCCGUAACGCCGUUUACACCGGGGCGGACCGUGACAAGGAAACAGCGCAAGCGCGAGGAGAAGGAAGCCGGCCUUCAUGUUCUGAACGAGGACGAUCUAGUGAAAGACGACCAGGACAUCUGGGGAUAA